AUCUUCUUAUUUCCAUAGUAUCAACAAAUUGAAUAUCACGGUUUGGUGAGUCAACGGUAUAAAGUAGCCAGCGGUAUCAGUGUCAAUAGGUCAUAUCUUUCUUCUGCUGGGUUAAAUAGACGGUAGGUUUUGGGUGCCGAAAGAGGAAUGCGUCUUUGGAGUAUGACUGAUAUCGUAUAUAAUUCACUGCGUCAAACAUUAGAGAGCCGUAAGAAAUCCGCGAUGAUGAACGUGCACUCGCAGUUAUCAAUGUUGUACUAAACCACGCUACAUGAUGGGAAUAACAUGUACCCGACCGCUGAAGAAGAAACAGCCAGACCAAACACACAACAAUAAAUACGUUAAAAAUACGACUGAAGGCGAAAAUGUUCAACCGCUGAUCCACAUCACCACGGUCUCAACAAGUAGCGAUCAGAAUGUCGACGGUGAUCAAAAUGGAUUCAAAAGAAGUCGAGACUUCACACGACCUCGACCGAAAUCUAUGGAUGACUAUACCGAAACUGCUUCUGCACUGGCCUUAUCAAAACUUCAUCAUCUUCUUCAUCAGUUGGAAGAUGGAGAGAUCAAUUCUGUGACUGAGAUGAAGGAUGAAUUAAGUCAGGCAAUUGCCAUGAUGGACAUCGCAUCGGCGAAUACACGUGACUACAGAGGUUCACUUAGUGCGAUUAGUGAUAUCGACGAAGAGCUGUAUUGCAAUGUAGUUAGUGACGAGGUUCGUGAAUGGAUUGCAACUACCUUUGCUCGUGGUCAGGGUACAUCGAGAAGAAAAAGUAUUCUCCCGCGUCACACAUUUCGAGGUGUUGUCCAUGCUGUUAAGGCCAGUCUGUAUGUUCACAAGAUUUUAAAAAAUGUAUCCGACCGCAAUAGACUUCAAAUUCCACAGGAAAUUCAGGUACACUUUGAGAAACUCAACCGAUGGACGUUCGAUGUUUUUUCAUUCAGUGAAGCCACCGAUGGUCACUCGUUGAAGUAUAUKGGCUUCGAGGUACUUAGUCGACUAGAUCUUUUAAGGACAUUCAAGGUGAACGAUGUUACUCUGGAUCGAUUUUUACAAGCUGUAGAGGAAGGUUAUAAAAAGAAUUGCAAUCCCUAUCACAACGAAAUGCAUGCUAGUGACGUMACGCAUACUGUAUUCUACUUUAUCACGGUUCUUGGUUUAGGACAAAGUCUUUCAGAUCUGGAGGUAUUCGCUAUUCUUCUUUCUGCUAUGAUUCAUGACCUAGAACACACGGGAACAACAAAUGCUUUUCACAUAAACUCAAGAUCUGACCUUGCUUUAAUGUACAAUGAUCGCUCAGUUCUGGAAAACCAUCAUAUAAGUUCUGCAUUCAAGAUAUUACAAGACAACGAUAGAAAUAUUUUGUCCAAUUUAAAUUCAAACCAAUACAGUACUCUUCGGUCUCUCCUUAUAGACAUGGUGCUUGCAACCGACAUGUCUUCACAUUUUGAACAGCUUCGCCUGAUGAAGUUAGCAUUAGUGAAUGGAAGCCCGCUUGAGAGUGAAGAUGUAAUUCAACUGAUUUUGCAUGUAGCAGAUAUCAGUAAUCCUACCAAAGACUGGAACAUUCACCAGCAGUGGACAGAAAAAGUUAUGGAGGAAUUUUUUACACAAGGGGAUAUGGAAAAGGAACUUGGUCUUGACGUUUCACCGCUUUGUGAUCGCUCAGUCACACGCGUUCCAGAGAGCCAAGUUGGAUUUCUAGACGUAAUUGUUACUCCAGCAUUUGAARUGUGCAGUGAGGUUUUAGAGGGUUUUUUGAGAGAUAAUGGUAACCACCAUGUUACAAGUAAAGAGCUGGAUCAUCCCUGGUCGAAACCAUUAGCUUACAAUAGAAGGAAAUGGAAGGAACAGUGUCAGGUUAUAAACAAAGGCUCAACUCUUAGUAUAUGCAGUAGGAAUUCGACGACAAACUUACACGAUCAGUUUCAAGACGAUCCUAGUAGACGCAGCCCUCGUGGAAAUAGAAAACGGCUUACACCCAUCUCGUGAUAAUACGAUUGCUUGAUAAACUAUUAUACAUAAAUGGUGAAUUAACCGAGGACACGAAUAAUACUACAGAUUCACWACUGAUAACCAUAAAGUGCGGAUAUACUAAGGGAAGAGUUUAAACUACGUGAUUCUACGAAUAACAAGAGUAACUAACUUUUCUGCUUCUAAAAGAGCUAAGAAUUCUCUGCUUAAAAAUUUUCAACGUUAACGGCUGGUCUAAAUCUCCGUUUUCUACUUCGCAGAAUACACCAAGCCUGAUGGAAGUCUUUUCUUUUUUAGAUUCUUAGCUCGGUGGCUGGCUGGUAGAACACCCAAGGAAAGAUCUACAAUAGAACAACAUUCAUGUAUUGACGGGCUAAACUAUUUUAACCGGCUUAAUUUGAUCUUGAAUGCUACAUUGAAUUCACUCAAUGAACACAAUGAUAGAAUAUAUAGAACACAUAUUGUUGUAUUAUCAUCUCAGUACUGAGAUGGUGAGUGGGUAGGGGGUAGGGGGGUAGGGGUAGUACUAUUCUUCCUUUUAAGAGMACACCAAUGAUAGUGGGGGAGGGGUGGGGCAUCUUGAUUCGUAUCACUUAUACGUACUCGGCCGUACWCACUGGCGGCUUAUUUUUCUUAAAGUUCGACUUGUGUUUUACUGUUGGCGACAAUGAAAAUUAAAACAAAAWUGAUCAUGAAUUGAAGGGUGACAUGGUAGAAAGGGCGAUAAUUCCGAUGCCAUGGUUAUACACGAUAUCUUUCCAUGGUUAUACUACUCAGUUGUCAGCGAAUGAGACRUGGGGUUUGUUAGUGUUAUUUUCCCAUAUUUUCUUAUUAAAUUGCCCAAUUUUAA